AUGUCCCUCGAACUCAAAUCUCCCUCGUACACCGAUUCCCUGCUGCCGCGAUACAGCGACGACCUCCCCGCCUCCCCACCCCGCUCGCCACAGUGGCGCGCCAAACCCGACACGUCCGACGAACCAACGUCGACAAACGCGCCCCCGCGUCGCCCAUCCCAGAUAUUCCGGCGCAUAGGCAUCGAGCUCGGCAUCACGCUCUGCCUCGCGCUCUGGUGCAUCCUCGUCACCUUCAUCUGCGCGCUCGUCUUCGGCGGGAUCGGCGUCGGCCUCCUCAAGCGCGGCCACUGGCGCGACCCGGGCCCGUACAUCCAGGCGUCCUCCGGGAACGGCACCCUCGUCGCGCUCCUCGGCUCCGUCAUCCUCGGCGCGGGGAUCGGGGUCACCGCGCACCUGCUCUGGCUGGCUACGCAUCCGCACCACGAGCCCCUCGUAGAACGGGGCGUCGAGUUUGAGGGGCACCCGUUCGCGAUCGCCAUCACCGUCCUCGCCGUCAUCGCGGGCGGCUUCGCGCCUGCGCUGGGGGUCGUGCUGCAUCCUCAGCAUCUUGUGUCGUUGGGAUACACUGUGGCGAUGGCGCUGAAGGUGUAUGGGAUCGGGUUGGGCCUUAUUGCGGGCAUUGCAGUGGGCGUUCUCGCGUUUGCCCUGCUCGCAUCAGCAGUCUGCGGGGCGUGAGAUCUGAGCACAUCUGGAUACUCGUAUCAUUGGACUUAUAUAUGUACGCGCGUUCUGUAUCAUGCUCGAUUGUUAUCUCUCCGACGUAAUGCAUUCUCU